AUGCUUGUGUUGGUUGAUGCUAGAUCAGCCAGACCAUGUAACCACAGAUCAAACAAACAUCGAAGGGCAAGGCGAAGAAAAUUUACGCAACACAGACAGCUGAAAGUUCAAAGAUCUGAGCAGUAUAAAGAUCACGUUGAAAUUCCGUUGACAUCUGAUGUAACGGUAAAGGUGAAGGCAGACAAUGUACAUAGCAUCUGGAUGUGCCCGAAAGAAGACGCCAUUACCACAAAGAAGCGCCUACCUGUCUGCUCUACAAUGACUGGAGUUAAGAAGAUAAACAAGCAGACAUGGUUUGACUGCCCCCUAUGCCCUGUGAAGUGUUCUAGAGAAGAUUUCCUACUGGACCAUUUCUGUCGACGCCAUGUACCUGGAGGGACCAAAUACAAGAAGAACACUGACAAUUCUUUCUGUCAUCGGAUGAAUUUGAUAUCGCAGAUCACGCCGAUUUCUCCAAAUUAA